AUGCAAUUUCUCAAAUGUCUAGUCCUUUCAACAGGACUGAUAUCUCGCGCUAUCUCCUUGGAAUCCUCAAGAUGUCCUAACAUAUCUCCCGGUCCAGCAUCCUCAUAUCAACUCGCAGAAAUCCUCCCCAUAUCACCUCUCACAGAUCCCAUUGCUAUAGAAACUAUCCGUAACACAUUAUCUUUAUAUGCAUUUGCCAUUGAUGGACGAAAUUGGCAAGCAUUCUCACGGGUCUUCGCUCCAGACGCCCGAGCGAAUUAUUCAGCGCCGUUACCAGUUCUAUAUGGACUACAAAAUAUCACAGAUGCGAUUGCAGCCCAAAUUAAUCAAUUCUCGGGGACGCAUCAUAGAUACGGUACCCAGUAUAUAGCUAUAUGUUCGCCCACCUCAGCGAUCUCCAUAACGUAUCUUGAAGCUAGUCAUUUUUUCUUACCGCAUACGUCGCCGGUUAUAGAGGAUGAUAGUCAAACCCUUUUUGCGACGGGCAGGUAUGAAGAUACGUGGAAGAAGGCGAAUGGACUCUGGAAGAUUGUGAAUCGAAAUUUGGUCUUUAUUGGACCGUUUAUUCUGGAUACUGCGUAG